UGCACCUUACACGCGGUACUCCCAGCUCUAGAUGAAACGAUGACAAGAAUAUAGAAGAAGCUGUCUGACAUCCGGCUGAGCACGUCUGCCCUCGUGCUAAGAAGUCCCCCCGAGAUGCAUUGCGGCGGGGUCAGGCGAGAGACGAGGGAUAAGUAUUGAGUAAUUACGAUGAUCCUUCCUUAGGACCUCAGGGCGGAAUCGGCGCCGUAGACAGGAAGAGGCUGCCCCAGUAAGGAGGGAAGAUUGGUGUAGCGAGGCGAUUCGUUUGGUAUGAAUCUUUAUAUACCGUCCUGAUUUAGUAUGCGUGUGGAGGCGCCGUUUAUCUCGACUGUCAUUCUAUUAUUUCGCUGAAUCUGAAUAGGCCACACUCACCUGACAUAGCACUCUUCGACAAUGUCGACUACGUCCAAUAUCUUCGAGAGUCCAUACUUGGGGGAUCCCAAAUUUACCGGCAAAAAACACUGCUUGCCCACCGAUAACGGCAGUGAUGCAGGCCAUAUCAGGGGAGCAUCUUCCUUCGCCGAGGUGAGACUCGGCGACAGCUCGAGUCAAAACACGAAGGGAGAGGAAGAAAGCGCGGCAGCCGCGAGGGAGGUCCAUGGUAUGAAGUGGUUCUUUGCUUAUACCUCCCUGAUCUCCACCGUCCUGUUCUACGCACUCGACGGCACGAUUGUUGCAGAUAUCCAACCCUCCAUCAUAGACACGUUUGGAGAGACGGAAAACCUGCCGUGGAUCGGCGUUGCCCUGUUCUUGGGCGCCCUGCUUGUCCUCCCUCUCGGAAAGGCGUACGGUAUUUUUAACGUGAAAUGGCUGUUCCUCUCCUGCGUGAUUGUAUUCGAGCUCGGCAGUGUCAUCUGCGGCGCCGCGCCCAACAUGGGUGCUUUCAUUAUCGGGCGUGUCAUUCAAGGUGCCGGUUCGUGCGGCUGCUACUGUGGGGCCCUGACUUACAUUUCCAUGACGACCACCAAGCGUGAGCGCCCUCUCUACCUCUCCGGCGUGGUCGCGACAUGGGCUGUCGGGAGCGUCGUUGGCCCUGUCAUCGGCGGGGCCUUUGCGCAGAGCAGCGCGACUUGGCGGUGGGCGUUUUAUAUCAACUUAGUCGUCGCCGCCGUUACCGCACCCGGCUUGCUCUUCUGUCUCCCCAAUUUGAACCCCGUGGAGAUGCCGUUCUUGCAGAAGUUCCUCAUGCUAGAUUGGCUAGGCACUGUUAUCUUUCUAGGCGGGUCAGUCUGCUUGACCAUGGCUCUGACCUUUGGCGGCACCGUCUUCGCGUUCGACAGCGGGCCCGAAAUUACGCUCUGGACAUUAACGGGCGUGCUGCUAAUCGUCUUUAUCGCGAUCUCCGUUUAUCACCCGACAAUGACACUGGGGAACAGGUUAUAUCCUAUCCACUUAAUGAAGCAGAUGGAGCUCAAUCUCUUGCAAUUAGCCCUAUUUACGGCAGCGGGGGUGUGA